GGAGGUUUGUGGGUGGCUCAUGGGUGGACUGGGGCUGCUGGGAAUCGAAACUUAGCUGAGGUAUGUAAAGUCAGUCACGGAGCCUCGGCGGGACUCUUCCUCGUCGGUUUGCAGUGUCUCGACAUCUCAUCUGGCGAAAGUUUCUCCGUCUUUCCUCCUCGGAUAUUAAACUUUGCCUCGGUUCAAUGAACUUCCUCACUUCAUACGGGAACAAGCAUGGACCCUGUCAGACAGAAACGCAAGGAAGAGAUAAGCAGAUCUCUGAUGUUUAUACAAUCUUCCUUGGCUUAUCCAGAGCCAGAGGGCUACAAGGUACCAAACACAAUGUCAUGUCUGUCUCCACUGUCUCUUCACUCCUGUCCUGACUUCCUGACCCGGUUAGUGUGCAACCUGCUUGAAGAGGGCAACGCUUUAUUCAAAGACAGUGAGUGGGAGCAGGCGGUGAGGGAGUUCAGUGAAGGCUUGAACGUCUCCUGCUACGCUGCAGCCGAGGAGAUCCAGAUCCCUGAAGCUCUGCUGGAGAGCCUGUAUGUCAACCGGGCUGCUGCCUACCACAGCAUGGGGGAAUAUAAUCGAGGCGUGGAGGACUGCGACAGUGCUCUGAAAGUGUUUAAGGAGAGCCGCAGGGCCCUGUACAGGAAGGCACUCUGUCUGAAGGAGCUGGGGAAGUACAAGGAGGCCUACAACUGCACCACAGACUAUCUGCUCAUCACUCGGCUGGACAAACAGGUGAACGAGCUCGCACAGGAGCUGGCCGUCCAUCUGGGACUGAAAAAUCGGAAACCCUAUGUUGGAGCAAAGGAAGGUGCACUUAUCAUGAGAGGCGCUGCAAAUGGAAACAUGACUACUGAAGCCAUCAAGGUGUCUGCUGCUCAUGUAGGAAACGGUAUGAAUCCUCUGAGUGGCCUCGCACCAGUCCGUUUUCCCAGCAUGUCUCCGUCCCCCAGUCCCUCCCCAACUCCUGCCGUCUCCUCGGUGGUGCUCGACACGGUGGACACGUUGGAGGACUGCGAACUGAUGGGAGAUGACUUGGACAGCCUGCUGGACUGCUUCCCCAAUGAGCAGGAGACCCCCACCAGCAAACACACAGUUACGUCUGUCCUGCCCGCCCCGACACCGCAGCUACCCCCGGCCUUCUUCAGCUCAGCUGUCAGCCCGCUCAACUCCCUGGACUCCUUUCCAGGUGGUGGCUGCAGCACCACAUCUGCGACACUGGAUACCCUCGACGACCUGUUGACCUCUGGAUUUCUAGUUGGUGUGGGCGCUCCGAACUUUACCUCCACGGCGCUGGAUGCUCUGGAUGGCCUUGAUUCCUUGGAUGACUUCUCGGAUGCGACUCCAAAUGCUGCUGCUAUCGCUGGGAAUGAGUCCAACACAGAAUUAGAUGCAGGGGAAAAGUCCCUCGAUGAUUUGCUAGAUGAGUUAGAUACUAUAGAGCCGGUCCCUGAUCCAGGUGGUGGUGAAGUCCCUAAAAUUAUUGUGAAAGCUGUGGACCCGCUCGACUCCCUUGAUGUCCUGGACAUGUUUCCCUCAGUGAGAGGUGUCAGUACAGCUUUGCCAGCAGUCUCCUUCGGGGUAACAGGCCUGAACUCGCUCUCCAAGUUCAGCUCCACUGGUAUCACAGGCUCUCACGCUGCUGCAGCUCCAGUAAUACGAUCUCCAAAGAAUAACUACAAAGAGAAGAAUAACCAAGUACCACCUGCUGGCUCUAAUCCAUUGUCCUCCACCCAUGAUUUCCUCCCGGCCUGCUCUGCCUGUUAUCCACGUAUAGGCAAAGGGGUGUAUUCAUUUGUUCACAAGCCAGACCUGGUCCACAAGUGUAAGCAGGACAUUCUGUUGUGUAGACGAAAAGCAGAUCAUCCUUCAGAGUGGAUCAGAGUGAGAAAGAUUCCUACCUGGAGUUCCUUCAAGGGGCCGUUUGUACUUUGCAGAGAGCUGCUGAAGUCCGGGGAUCUGGCCCGGUGUAAGUACGGAGAGGAAUGCACAUUUGCCUACAACCAGCUAGAGAUAGACUUUUGGACAGAAGAGAGGAAGGGGACGCUGGACAGAAACCUGCUGUUUAAAACUGCAAACCUCAAACCAGAUCCUGUGAACAGCAUCAUCCGCCUUCUGCAGGAACACAAGGGCAUGUUCCUGUUCCUCUGUCAGGUAUGCUAUGACAGUAAACCUAGAAUCAUCAGUAACCGCUCUAAAGACAAUCACACCAUCUGCUCUAACCUGGACGCUCGCCACAGCUUCGAUGCCAAUAAGUGCUUGGCCUUUGUGGUGAGGACCCACAGUGUGAACUACAGUAAGGUGCGGCCGCUGAGCGUCAAGCGCCACUUGGAUUUGUGCCCCAAAGCCAUCCGGUAUGGCUGCCAGAGAGAGGACAGCUGCUGUUCUGCCCACUCCCCCAUAGAGCUGAAAACAUGGAGGGUGCAGCGGGACACAGGUAUCAGCCCAGAUGAGAUAGUAAAAAUAUCCAUGAAGUAUCAAGACAAACAGGAUCAAGCAAACUCAAGCAAACAGAAAGGAAAUAGAUUGUCUUCUGGAGGUGGUGGGAGCAAACAAAGAGGAGGAGGAGGAGGAGGAGGAGGUGGUGGGAAGAAUCUGAAUAUGAACAUGAAGUUUGCCUGCUCUUAUUGCUGGCGGGACGGCCUGAUCAGUGAACCAGACAAAACCCUCAAAUACUGCAAUGCAAAGGCCAGACACACAUGGAGUAAAGAGAGAUGGGUGCUGCUGGUCAAGUCCUUGGAGAGAGGUAAAUGGGUUCAGGUUCGACCGCUGCCACAUGCCAAGAACUUCCCUGUGCAGUAUGAUAUAUGUACCCAAAUUUUGGAGAAAAGAAAAUGUAACUACUCUGGAAACUGCACCUUCGCUCACAGCCCGGAGGAGAGAGACAUGUGGAUGUAUAUGAAGAAUAAUGACUUGCGUGAAAUGCAGCAGAUAUACGACAUGUGGCUGACAUUAACCACCCAAAACCGCCAAGCAGAUGGAGCCUCGAUCACCCAGCCUGUACCAGAAGAGAAAUACAUCGUCAUGCCAACUGACUAUGCUGAGCCAAUGAGUGGCUUCCACUGCCGUCUGUGUGGUAAGCACAGUAACAGCGAGCGGCAGUGGCAGCAGCACAUCUCCACUGAGAAGCACAAGGACCGAGUGUUCAGCUGUGAGGGAGAAGAUGAAGCUCUGACGUGGAGCUACCGAUUCCCUGGCCCGUGCUUUGAACUCUGCCCCAAGUUGGAUGGCGGCUGUCCCGAUGGUGUGAGCUGCGACUUCGCCCACAGCGUAGAGGAGCUGCAGGAGUGGACAGAGAGACGAGAUCUGCUGCGACGGAAGUUGGCCAAAGCCAGAGAAGACAUGCUUAUCAUGCCUGACGAGUUUGACUUUGGGAAGUACAACUUUCUACUUCAGGGCUGAGGAGAUGUUUUUAUACUUAACAAGCUGAUAACUGCCAAACUAGCAUUUAAGUUUAUUUUUAAAAUCAGGACCAAAGUUCAGGAGGUGACUUGAAGAAACUAGCAGUUCCAAUUUUCCUGCCAAAAUCACUUGGAAUAAGACACAAAGAACAUUUAUUAUUUGCAUUCCCUGACAUGCCAUAUACUCUUUACUUUAAAUUGGUAAUUGUGUGUAUUUCUUGUUACAGUAUGGAACAUUUUCAGACCGACUUGUAUUGCUCAUGGCUGUUCUGCUGAGACAUCGGUAAAGAAAGUUUCUUAGUGUUGUGAAACUAAGGUUCAUGUUGGUGCCACAGCAGAUACACACACACACACCGUUCACCACAGGGUAUUCUUAAAAAGUUCAUGUAACCAUGCAUUCAGCCUUUUGAAAAAUGUUUGUUAAAUUCUUUUACUCUUUUCUCCUCUGUUUGAGUCCUGUUUGAGCGGGGAGUAAUAUUUACAGCUUUCAUUCCAUAGUUCACUAAGAGAGAGUGGGUUCGAGGCCUUUUACUGUGAAUUGAAAUAAUCCUCACAAAUGAUUUCUCAAAGUCUCAAUAAAAAUUGUCACGAUCAGUUUGUACUCAA